GACAUGCUGAUCAAAGGACCAGAACACCUGGAAGUUAUUUCAAUAGUUGGGAUGCUUGGACUGGGGAAGACGACCCUUGCGAAAAUGGUUUACAAGGACCCCGAUGUUGAUUACGCGUUCAUGGCUCGUGCGUUUGUGUAUCUGUCCAAAGAUUAUGAUAAGCGAGAAGUGCUACUCAAAAUUUUAGCCGAUGUCACCAAAUCAGCACCCAGUGAAGAAGUUACUAGAAUGAACCUGGAGCAGCUAGGAAAUCAUCUCAAACAAUUAUUGGACGGAAGAACUUAUUUGGUUGUGUUGGAUGACGUUUGGGAGCAACAACAUUGGGACAGCCUGCAAAAUGUUUUCCCGAAAAACAACAGGCGGUGCAGAGUUCUCAUCACACUCGUCAUGAAGAUGUGGCCAAGUAUGCGAAUCCAUCUCCGGAUUCUCUUUACAGGUUGGAUUUCUUAAGUGAUGAAAAUUGUCAAGAGUUGCUCAGGUGGAGGGUCUUUCGCCAAAAUUAUUGCCCCCCAGAGUUAAUGGUGCAUGAGAAAGUCAUUGUUGCCAAAUGUGCUGGUUUGCCAUUGGCUGUGGUGGUUAUUGCAGGUAUUCUUCUGAAUCACCCUGAUGUUGUUGAUUGGUGGAAGCAUGUGGCCAGUAGUGUUAGAGAUUACAUUGCGAGGGAUGCCACAAAAACUGCCGAGGUGAUUCACUUGAUGUAUCGCCAUCUACCAAACUACCUGAAGACGUGUUUUCUAUACCUCGGUGUCUUUCGUGAAGAUUUUGAAAUACAGGUGUGGAAACUUGUGCUGAUGUGGAUAUCAGAAGGAUUCAUACAAAACCAAGACAAAUUCAACUUAGAGGUCAGUGCUGAGCAAUACUUGGAGGAACUUGUUCAUAGGAAUUUGGUGAUGGUAGGGCAGCGAAGGGCGAAUGGCAAAAUAAAAACUUGUCGUAUGCAUGAUACGCUGCGUGAGUUUUGCAAGAAACAAGCCGCUGAAGAAAGCCUUUUCGGGGAAAUCAAGGCCGAAAACUUGUCACCCCCGACUUCAUCUGAAAACCAAACUGUGGUUGAUUAUCAGCGCCUUUGCAUCAAUAACGUCAAUCUUUCGACUUUUCUUUCUGGAGCUCCUUCAGGUAAUUGUGUCCGUUCACUUGUUGCUUGCCCUAAAGAUGCCAGUAAAUUGGAAGCGAGGCUGGUUUUAAACAUCACCAAGGCUUUCAACCUUCUUAGGGUUCUGGAGAUGGAAACAUUGGUCAUUUCCCCCCGUCUGCAUCCUGACUUUUGUACCCUUGUUCUUCUACAAUACGUAUCCAUAUCCCUGGAAGAAGGCUUCAUUCCUCCACUAUUCUCCAACCUGUUGAAUUUGCAAACCCUCAUAGUAACUACUAAAGCCAAUACCCUUGAAAUCAAAGCGAGCAUAUGGGAUCUACCGCAAUUCAGACAUUUACAUACCAAUGUUUCAACCAUCAUCAGUGCCAAGCCAAAAGGAAAGGAAGCUUCUCAGCCAAAUAAAAAUGUCCAAACAUUAAGUAGCAUUUCCCCUGAAAUUUGCACAAAAGAAGUUUUCGUUAAGACUCCCAACCUCAAGAAAUUGGGUGUGCGUGGGUCAAUCUCCAAGCUCUUGCAGGCCAAUGACGCCUCAAAUAUGUUUGCAGACCUUUUGCAGUCGCUUGAAAACUUGAAGUUGCUGAAUGAUGAUACUGAGUCUAAGGUCUACCGUCUGCCUUCGAAGGACAAAUUCCCCCCACAGCUAACACAGCUCACUCUGUUGAAUACCCUCUUGAAUUGGAGGGCGAUAUCUUCACUGGGAGAACUGGAGAAUCUUGAGGUUCUCAGGUUGAAAGAAAACGCAUGCGAAGGAGAGAUAUGGAACCUCGGAAAGGAGAUCUUUGGCCGGCUGAAACACUUGCACAUUGGACGCGGUGAUUUGAUGGUGUGGACGGCUUCAGCAGAUAACUUCCCGAAGCUCAAGAGUCUUGAACUUGAUUGCUGCAGUAAGCUACGGGGCAUUCCAAAUGAACUUGCAGAUAUCACUAGCCUCCAAUCAGUGGCCCUUAACUGUACCAACAAUCAGGUGGCUGCCUCUGCAAGGAGACUUCAGCUGUUGAAGGUAGAGCGAGCUAAAAAGGCCAAGAUCUUCGACAACUUUAAGGUCUCCGUUUAUCCCCCAGAUUUCUGAGGACUUCAACCAAUCCAGGAUUAUGUCGGCCCUUCUUUCUUUGGCAGAUGCCCAUUUUUCAGGUGAAGAAUAAUGACUGAGAAGCAAUAGAAUCGAUGGCUAGCUUGUGAAGAUGAUGAUGAAUGAGACACCAUCCUCUGUUGUGUUUGUUUCUUGCGUCCGUGUGUUGUUUUUCCCUUUUCCAAGUAUUAAUAAUGAGGAAACAGGCUUGUGUAGUUUACCUCCUUGCUUUCGUUUCCCUGAUUCUGCAUUUUCUGAAUUCCGCACUUUUUUCUUCUUUUUAAUGUAUUCUGGCUUUGAUUUUGGAACUUUGUCUGGCUAUUAAAGCGGCUGUUCAAUGUAUUUCGGAGUUUCUAUUAAAUUAAAGACCUUUUGGA